GUUUCCUAGGAGGAGCGCUGGGUGGAUUGCUUGGAUGGAUGACUUCUGGACAGUUCAAGUCAGUCCCUCAGGUUUUAAUGGAAUUGCCUGCUGCUGAGAAGGAGAAGCUCUGUGCUGAAGCCAUGGCUGUUGUCAAGAACUUAGACUGGACUGAUGCUGCUCAGCUCAUUGCUCUUGUAAUGUCAAAUACUGCUCUCACGGAAAAGGUAUUAGGAGUGCUGACCACUUUCCUUACAAAUGAGUUCAAAGCACAGCUAAAAUAUGGAGAAUAGUCCACUCCAGAGCAGGAUUUUUAUGCUGGAAUGCAUUUUACACCCAUAAUUGUGUAUCUUCAACACAGCAAUUGGUAGUGUUCAUUACUAAUUACAAAUAUAUGCUGAUCUAAGUUUGGGAUUUUGGUGUUUGGGGGUUUUUAAAUUUUUAUCGUUGUUGUUACCAUUUUUGAUUCGUGUGGAUUUGGAGGCAUAGUAUUAGGUUAG